AUGAGUGCCGCAGCAGGGGCAGCCGCUUGGGCUGGUACGGCUCCGCUUCCUAUGCGGACGAUUUUGAGGACGGUUCAAUGUCCUCGACAACGGAACAACCUUACUCGCAAAGCUCAAACAAGGAGAUUCUAUGACUCCGCCGCUUCGAAACGACCGCUACUACAACGAACGUGUCCAAUGUCUCCACGAACCCUGUCAAACCAAGUAAGAUCGUUUUCCGCAACCUCGACUGUUCAAGCGACGAAGGACCCUUAUGCAACUUUGGGCGUUGGAAAGAAUGCCACCGCGUCUGAGAUUAAAAAAGCAUAUUACGCUCUAGCAAAGAAGUAUCACCCGGAUACGAACAAAGAUCCCAGCGCAAAGGAGAAAUUUACAGAUGCGCAGUCAGCAUAUGAGUUACUGAACGAUCCUCAGAAAAAGGCCACAUACGAUCAAUAUGGUGCCGCAGCCUUUGACCAAGGCUCCGGGUUCCACCCAGGUGCUGCAGGUGAGCAUCCAUUUGCCGGGGCUACUGGAGGAAACCCUUUUGCGGGAUUUGGUGGCGGCUUUGGUGCGGAGUUCAAUUUUGAGGAUCUGUUUGGCGCAUUCACUGGUGGCCGUCGUGGGCGGAGGAGCGGUGGACCUUUCCAAGAAGAAAUUCUGGUCGGGGAAAAUAUCGAAGUCCAGACGAAUAUAUCUUUCAUGGAUGCCGCCAAAGGUGUUGCUAAGAACAUUACCAUCACGCCUCUUGUACAGUGCGGCACUUGCAAAGGUGACGGUUUGAAACCAGGUUCUUCAAGACAGCAGUGCAAACGAUGUAAUGGAACUGGUACGAGAGUGCAUGUGAUGCAGGCCGGAUUUCAGAUGGCAUCUUCUUGCGACGCUUGUAGUGGGACCGGGGUGGUGAUACCAAGGGGAUCCGAAUGCAAUACCUGUGCUGGCAACGGGGUGGUCCGCAAGAGAGAAACUGUCGAGGUCGAUAUCCCUGGUGGGGUCGAGGAUGGAAUGCGUCUCCGCGUGGCCGGUGCUGGUGACUAUCCGCCAACCGGAAUGUCCGCAAAUCCCAAAGCCCGAACCCAGCGCGGAGACCUAUACGUCUUCAUUCGAGUGGCGCCAGAUGCCAGAUUUAGCCGCAACGGAGCCGAUAUUCUCCACACUGCGUCGAUACCUCUGACGACUGCGCUGCUCGGAGGGGAGGUAGUUGUGCCGACUUUGGACGGGGAGGUCAAAGUCAGGGUUGCGACAGGGACAUCCACGAACGACAGAAUCACACUGCCCGGGAUGGGUAUGAAGAGGCUGGGUGGACGUGGUGCUGGUUCUUCUGGCGACCUGAGGGUGGAAUUCAAAGUUCAGAUGCCUAAAUAUUUGACCUCCAACCAGCGGACAAUCAUUGAGAUGCUAGCUGAUGAAAUGGGUGACAAGACGGCAAAGAGGAUCAUGAACUUGGAUAAGUACAAGCAAGAAUCCGCUAAAGAUAACAAGGCAUCGAAACCAUCCAACAAGGCCAACGAUCACAAGAACGAAGGGUUCCUGAAAUCCACCUGGCAUCGGCUCACCCAUCAGCAUGAUAAUCUGGAACCAGACAAGUCAGGGAAGGAGAAUGAAGCAGGAGCACACGACCCGGAUGAGCCAAAGAAGGCAUCCGGGUCCGGUUGA